CACUCUCAAUACAACUCUGACGAAAAAGAAGCUGGAUUCGGAUUUUACAGCAGAAGUUUUGUGACAUCCAUUUUUGUUUGCAUAUGAUUUUCAAUACUGUGCUUUGAAAAUCGACGAAUUGAAAGUCUUUUCGACCAUACUAGAACUGAAGAAUCAAUAGCUACGUGGACCGUUACUCGUAUUAUAUUCACCGCUUCACUUGCAUUGUUUUUUGUGCGUGUCAACGGCCGAGCAGUUGUUGGUUUUUGUACUUGGCUGCCACCAAUUAGCGGAGCUCCCCAGAAAGCGUCUCGAAACAACGACAAGGAGUGUAAAAGUCAAAUAAAUCCAAACAUUUUUUGUCGUUCAGCAACUGAUCUAAAAGAAAAGCGACCAUGAGUGCAACUGAAGAGACCAGCCAACCGACAACUCCACAAGAUGCACCUGAUUCCCAAGACCAGGCAAACGCACGAGAGUUGGAGAAAAUCGAAGAAGAGAAAUUGAAAUCGAAGUAUCCAUCAGGAUUACGUGGCCCUGGUGGUCACUCUGCUUUUCUACAGAAGCGGCUACAAAAAGGCCAAAAAUUCUUUGACUCUGGUGAUUAUCAAAUGGCAAAACAGAAGGGUGGUGGCGUUAAACAAGUGUUUGCCAACAAGGUAGCCACUGGCGAAGCAAUACCUACACCAGAAACAGUGCCUGCGCGUAAAACCUCGAUAAUACAACCAUGCAAUAAAUUCCCAACGACGAGUUAAGGGAAUUGCUGCCAUAGUUGAAAAAUUUAAUAACUUGUUUCACCAACUCUAAUACAUAUAUCUUAAUUUUAAAAUUGCUUAAUUACUAAGCUUGCAAAAAGCAUAACUGCAUAUAUGAGGAGUAUUCAAGAAGGCAAACAAGUCCGAUUGAAUCUUCUCUUUUUUAAUAAUAAAUUUUGGUAAAUUAUCUUUCGAUGGCGCCCAGUUCCCAAGUUAAAUAAAUAAUAAUUUUGGCGCAGUUGCCUCUUUAACAUACCACUCAUGAUUGAAUUUAGUUUUAAGUUUUAUUCAGAAGCUAUUAUUCUCGUGUGCUUUUUUGACGUCGAAUAUUAUGACCAAUGUGUAUUGUCUUGGGUUUUCUUAAGCGUCACUUGAGUGUUUAAACUCAUUUUCAAAAACUAUUCUUCUGAAAGCCGUUAACUACUUUGUACACUUUGAGAUAUGAAUAUGAAAUAACAUUAAAAUGUAAUAAAUGUAAUUUGAACAAGGCGAAA